AUCCAAUGUACAAUCUCUGAAGCACACGGUUCAAUUAAACUUGUAUAAUUCCCCAAAACAAAAUAGCACUGUACUCCUCGAAGAAUAUAAGGUAAAUAAACGCAGCAAGAUCGCACAAAAGUGAGAGACAAAAAUGUCGGACGAGGAACACCAUUUCGAGUCCAAGGCAGAUGCCGGAGCCUCCAAAACCUACCCACAGCAAGCUGGAACAAUCCGUAAGAAUGGCUACAUAGUCAUCAAAGGCCGCCCUUGCAAGGUGGUUGAAGUUUCAACAUCUAAAACUGGCAAGCAUGGUCAUGCUAAAUGUCACUUUGUUGCAAUCGAUAUCUUCACUGCUAAAAAGCUGGAAGAUAUUGUCCCAUCUUCCCAUAACUGUGAUGUGCCUCACGUCAAUCGUACUGACUACCAGCUCAUUGAUAUUUCUGAGGAUGGAUUUGUGAGUUUGCUGACUGAAAAUGGUAAUACCAAGGAUGAUCUGAGGCUACCAACUGAUGACAAUCUUCUAACCCAGAUCAAGGACGGUUUUGCUGAGGGGAAGGACCUGGUUGUGAGUGUGAUGUCUGCAAUGGGUGAAGAGCAGAUAUGUGGUCUCAAGGACAUUGGCCCCAAGUAGUUCGCUUUCUUUGUGCAAACUGUUUGUCCAGUGUUAACAAAAAUAUAUCUUGUAGUACUAUCCUACCGUCUUUUAUGUUUUCAACCCCGAUAUGCCAAGUUUAUUUAGAGGCUGCGUCAAGGAUCUGGAUUAUUAGAGAAAACCUUGUGACUGGCUUCUUGGUAUGCUAUGGAUUUACUGUUUUAAACUUACUUACAAUUUGCUUCAAUGGAUAUUUAAUGCUAUGUUUUGGAAAUUGCAGACAGACACUCUUCUAUGGCAUGUCAUA